CGCAAGGAGGGGCGGGACCUGAACGUCGAUUGGACAGCUGCGCCAAAACAAAAUCUAAUCUGAUUUGCAGUUGGUUACAGCAGCCCUCAAGUACUUCCGAGGCGACGUGAAAAAGCAGGAAGAACACGGCGACGAUUUGAAAGAUGGCGGCGCACACACAAAAGAAUAACAAACCGGGGAAACCUGGGGGAAAAGAGGCUCAGCCUCUGAUAAUCGCCAAAACCCCAGCGGAGGAACAGCGUCUGAAGUUAGAAAGGUUGAUGCGCAAUCCUGAUAAGCUUGCUCCCAUCCCGGACCGACCAAAAGAGUGGAACCCGCGGGCUCCGCCGGAGUUCGUCCGGGAUGUGAUGGGCUCCAGCGCCGGCGCAGGCAGCGGCGAGUUCCAUGUUUAUCGGCACCUCCGCCGCAGAGAGUACCAGAGACAGGACUUUCUGGACAAGAUGGCAGAGAAGGUAGAUAAGGACCUGGACUAUCUGGAUAAGGUGGAACAAAACAAACAGGCUGCCGAUGAGAGGACGGCCAAGCGCAGGAAGAAGCGGGAAAAGCUGAAGCAGAAGAAGCUGAUGGCAAAGAAGGCAAAACUGGAAACUAAAAAUAAGAAAGAAGACGACGCCGACAAGAGCUCGGAGUCCAGUGAAGAAGAAGAAGAAGAGGAGGAGGAGGAGGAAAGAGAGGCUGAGGACGAUGCAGAGGCCCCAAGCUUCAUCAUGGGGAAGAAAUGACUCUGGCCUGCAGUGAGUGGGUGAGACAUGACGAAGUCAUGAGGGAGAUGGACACAGCCUCACAAAGCAAAACAUUUGGAACCCGUUGAAGAGCCCUGUACAAAAGGAAGCAAAGUGAUCCACUGCUGAACUGAACUGACAAAACUGAACUGGUGGAGCCUGUUUUACCUUUGGACUCGGCGGACUGCCUAGUUUAAUAGGCAGGACCCCCCCCCCCGUAUGAUUUUAAGCAAGCAAUGGUCAUCAGUGUCCCAGUGUGAAAGAAGGCAUGUAGGGGCUCUUCUAAGUCUUUAUUAUGGUUUUUAUAAUCACUGUUUUUAGAUCUCAUGUUUCAACUGUCAGUCAUACUUGGGGUUUUCUUUAAUUUGCGGAAUUAGGAUUGUUGGAAAGUUUGGAAUCCUCUAUAUUUUCAAGUAAUACUGUUAAUGUUUUAAUAAAAAUGAGAAUGUUCAUAAUAUCUAGGUGUUAUGUAAUCUUUUUACACUGGGAUGUAGUGUGAUGCAAUAAUACUAGAAAUGUAAAUGAGUAUAAGGUGAGUGUGCAUCACAACUAUCUGUAUGCUUGAUGUUACUGGUCUUUGCAGCCUUGUGACGUCGCCCCUCGCAGGAACUGUUGCCUGUGGGUACAACAAGGUUGCAGAAAUCAACUCAAAGAAUGAAAAGGCGUGACUUCUGGAGGCUCAGGAGCUUCACGUGCGAUCUUCCUUGGACAGACCCCCUGCUUUCCACGGUGGUGAUGGUCUCGCUCUGUAGCCAUCACCUUUCUUGAAGCAGGUAGAGUAAAACCUGGCAGCCAGAUAUUGUUUGAAGCAGGGGAAGCUCUUCCUGUCAGACACUUUCAGCUGUCACAGUCUUAUCUCUGAGUUUGUUAUUCCCCUCCACUCAGUACUGCUUUGAUUAAAAUAAACCCAGAAGACCA